UAAAUAUUUUCUUUUCUUGUUCCAGGUGAUUUAUUAUGAUAUUUACUAUUUAUCCACUAUAAUUCAAUUAAAAAAAAACUUUUUACAUUGAUUCGACGAUUCUUUUUUCAAUUAGUGUAUGCAGAUUAAUCGUAUGCCCUCGUACUUAUAGCAUAGAUGGUAAAUGGUUCAAAGGACCAGAAAGCUGAUCUGUAUGGGGCCUUUCAAAAUGUGGUCAAAAAAACCUAUUGUUACACAAUCCUGAUGUAUGUGUUAGUUGAUAUAGUUGUUUUAUUAAAUUUGAUAUUUAACGAACAAGUAGUAAUCAAAAAACGUCACUGACAAUAUGGGUAACUGCUUUAAAAGGUCAACAACUGACGAUAUUUCUCUCCUGAGAGGAGGUGAUAAUCUACGAGAGACAGGCUCCUCUGAUCCAGUAGGAGUUGGGCCACCAAACUAUCAAGAGGCAUUGGCAACUCUGAAUUUGAAUCCAUCCCCUAGUGUUACUCGACCUGUGGCAUUGUUAACCGAGGAAGAACAGAUUAAGAUUGCUAAGAGGAUGGGCUUAAUUCAGCACCUGCCAACUGGCAAAUAUGAUGGCUGUAAAAAAAUCAGAGAAUGUGUCAUUUGCAUGGGGGAGUUUAUGAUAGGAGAUGCUUUAAGAUAUCUUCCUUGUAUGCAUAACUAUCACAUGAAAUGCAUUGAUGAAUGGCUGAUAAGAAGCCCUAUUUGUCCAAGCUGUUUGGAGCCAGUUGAUGCAGCCUUGCUCAGCAGUUAUCAAACAAAUUGAAAAAAAAAUCGUGAUUAAGAUCCAGCCUAGUGCCUUUUUACCCUUUAUUCAUCUGAAGUAAGCUAUGAGUUUAUACACUACACAGUGUAGUGCUUACAGAACUUUUACUAAUUUAUUAUUCUUUGCUUUUAGAUAACAUUUGCCUUUAAGGUAACCUAUUUAAGGAUAGUUCAACUUUUAUAAAACAAAAUAUUCUUCUAUAGAAAUAGAAGAAUACAUGCAAUAAAGUUGAACCAUUCUAUCUGCUCUUAUUUUCUUGCACCAAGGUCCAAUGCUGCCUUUUACCGAAAUAUGACUUAUUUAUAUCUAGGUCCUUUUUUGCAUACAUACCUAGCAUAUAUAGCUAUUAUGCUUCAAUUAACUUUAUAUAUUAAAUAGAGGCUUAACAUGCUUCACUUAAGCGAAUAUAGAACCAUAAUAUUCAAAAAGUAAAUAGGAAGUCACAUCUAAAACUAAAUACUUAUGUAGUAUGUGCCUAUAUAUAUUUUUUUUUAUACUAAAAUGACUAAAAACUUACUAUGUUUUUUCCGUUACCAAAAAAUUACUGUACAUAGCGUUUAUUGGCAAAUAAUUGGUAUAUGCAUUUGAGGCAAAUUCAUAAUGUGAUAUUGGGGUGAGAUGUGAGUUCCUUGCACUUAAUGUGAUUUAUUUAUUUAAUGAGACAUAAAUAUGUAGACAUAAGAUCAGUUGUAACUUGUUUUUUUUUUAUGUUAUUUUUAUUUAACCGUUUGUUAUUAGUUUAGAUGUGAUGCUGUCGAUUUUCGACUCAAUUAUAAUAUGCUGUGUAAUAAUAAUAUAAUUAACAACUAUUCAACAAUGUAUAAUGUAGGUGUAUGUGUGUAUAUAUACUUUAGAAAAUAAAAUGAUGCUACUUAAAAGAUUCUGUGCUGAUGAAAAGAGAAUGUUCAAGCAGGGUGUAUGACCUGUAUUUAGAAAGGAUUUUAUAUUUUCUGUUAAUAGACACAACAAUGAAUAAUUCUUUUGAGCUUUUACCCAUGUUAAAAUCAAACAGUUGAGUGACAAGUUUAGAAAUAAACAUUUUUCAAGUUGUGACAUAA